GAAGAAAAGGGAAGGGGAAGGAUUUCGCGGGGCCCGGGUUGUUCUUGCCUUAUAAGUCCUGUGCGUCCCCGCGAGUUCUUCUUUCUCUGAUCCCUACCCUCUCUCUUCUCUUCUUCUCAACAUCUCCCGUUCAGACUUCACGCUCAAUUUCCUUCAUCGAGCGACGUCUACAACAUGGCAGACGACGCUGGGGCGCACGCUGCCCACUUGGACGUGAAUGUCCCUCCUGUGGUGACGAUUCCCGCCGGGACAACCGAUGCAGAACGUGUCGAGGCUCCUGUUACCUUCAAAGCGUACCUCAUGUGUGCGUUUGCUGCCUUUGGUGGUAUCUUCUUCGGCUAUGACUCCGGUUAUAUCAGCGGUGUGAUGGCCAUGAGAUACUUCAUCGAAACAUUCGAGCAUCUGGAUUACAAUACCACCCCCGAAGAACUCUUUGUCAUUCCUUCCUGGAAGAAAUCGCUGAUAACCUCCAUCCUCUCCGCUGGUACCUUCUUCGGUGCUCUUAUUGCUGGUGAUCUGGCAGAUUGGUUUGGUCGUCGUCUCACCAUCGUGAGCGGAUGUGCUAUCUUCAUCGUCGGUGUCGUCCUUCAGACUGCGUCCACCAGUGUCGCCCUCCUCGUCGUUGGCCGUUUGAUCGCCGGGUUCGGUGUUGGUUUCGUUUCGGCCAUCAUCAUUCUGUACAUGUCUGAAAUCGCCCCUCGCAAGGUCCGUGGUGCCAUUGUGUCAGGUUACCAGUUCUGCGUCACCAUCGGUCUGAUGUUGGCUUCUUGUGUCGACUAUGCCACCGAAAACCGGACUGACUCUGGCUCGUACCGUAUCCCUAUCGGUAUUCAGAUUGCCUGGGCUUUGAUUCUGGGAAUUGGAUUGCUUAUCCUACCCGAGUCUCCCAGAUACUUUGUCCGAAAGGGUGAGAUUGCCAAGGCGACUCAUGCUCUCGCUCGCGUUCGUGGUCAGCCGGAGGAGUCCGCGUUUAUUCAGCAGGAGCUGGCGGAGAUCAUUGCCAACAAUGAGUACGAGCUGCAGGCGAUGCCUCAGGGUGGUUAUUUCGCUACCUGGGCCAACUGCUUCCGGGGCAGUCUCUGGAAGGCUAACAGUAACCUUCGUCGGACUAUUCUGGGUACCUCGCUCCAAAUGAUGCAGCAAUGGACCGGUGUGAACUUUGUCUUCUACUUUGGCACCACAUUCUUCAAAAGUCUUGGAACGAUUGAUGACCCCUUCUUGAUCAGUAUGAUCACCACUAUUGUCAACGUCUGCUCGACCCCCAUCUCGUUCUGGACCAUGGAAAAGAUCGGCCGUCGUCCACUGCUUCUCUGGGGAGCUUUGGGAAUGGUUGUCUGUCAAUUCAUUGUGGCUAUCGUCGGUGUCACUGAUGGAGAGAACAAGCAGGCUGUCAGCGCUAUGAUCUCUUUUAUCUGCAUUUAUAUCUUUUUCUUCGCCUCGACGUGGGGACCAGGAGCUUGGAUUGUCAUUGGCGAGAUCUAUCCAUUGCCAAUCCGUUCUCGUGGCGUGGCUUUGUCGACGGCGUCAAACUGGCUGUGGAAUUGCAUUAUCGCGGUUAUCACUCCCUACAUGGUCGACACGGACAAGGGCAAUCUCAAAGCCAAGGUCUUUUUCAUCUGGGGUUCUCUCUGCGCAUGUGCCUUCGUGUACACCUACUUUUUGGUUCCCGAAACCAAGGGCCUUACACUCGAGCAGGUGGACAAGAUGAUGGAGGAGACAACACCGCGUACCUCUGCCAAGUGGAAGCCACACAGCACCUUUGCUGCGGAUAUGGGACUCACCGAGAAGGAUGUUUCUGGCAAGAUUACGCAGGUGGUGCACAAGGAGGUUUGA